UCCAGCGGACCGCGGUAUGUGUGACACCGCACCCAGUGCCUACUGCGCGGGCUUUUUGUGCUUCCGCCGCUGCGGUGUCUCAGUUGGUUCUAUCCAGCAACCGUGGCCCUUCCCAGAGUCCCGAAAUGUCAGUUAGAAGAUCACUGAAACUGGAUAACCAGUGUGAAGAAAAAUCAUUUAAUCCUUCAAAAAUCAGAAGGAAGAAAAGUAUUACAGCUUAUUCUCCAACAACUGGAACUUAUCAAAUGAGCCCAUUUUCUUCUCCCUCAACCCGAAAAGAACAAAAGUGUGGAAACGGACCAUCAAAUGGAAAGAGAAAAUGGAAUAACAUCAGCUCACCUGCAAGAAAGGAAUCCACAGCAAAAGACAGUGACGAAUUCAUGGUGUUGCUAUCUAAAAUUGAGAGAUCAUCAGAAAAAACCAUGGAGAUAAUGAAAAAUUUAAGAAGUAUACAGGCUUUGGAGAACAACAGACAACUUGAAGAUCUCAUUGGUGUUUCCCUAGCGCCAUGUUUCUUAAAAGGAGAAGUGGAGAAAACCAGAGAACUAAUGACAAAAGUAACAAAACAAAAACUGUUUGAUAAGAAGAGUUCAAGAAUCCCUCCCAAAGAAGAUCAUCUUGACAGCUUUGAAUUCUUGAAAGCCAUUUUGAACUGAGUGUUCCCUUCAAGUCUGGUAACUGUGUCAAUCUACAUGGGCAUUAGUCAGCCCAUUAAGAAUGAAGCCCAGAGUGAAAUGAAGUGUCACUGAAAGUGGACUGUUAAGUUCGCAACCCUUCUUCUAAGACAGGAAAUGGAGUAUUUGUGGAUUUUUCUAAAUAGGCAAAAAAUAAAGGAGUCCAUUAUGCACUGCCUCUUUAUGCAGAA